AUGGACAAUUUCAAUGAUGAUGGUGAUUAUGAUAACGAUAACAAUGUCGUUGGAUCUUCACAACAACUAAAUCACCCGCAUGGGAAUCCCUACCUAAUGGCAACAGUAGUUGUAGGAACAAUUUAUGCAGAAAAUUACCUAAAUAAACAACCAUGUAGGACAUCUGCCCUCACAGGACAUCAAUGGAUGUUAGAAUUGCAACAUGAUGAGUAUUAUUUGGUUGAUUCUGGCUAUCCAAACACAAAGGGUUAUCUUGUGCCGUACAAAGAGGAGAGAUAUCAUUUAGCUCAAUUUGACCAUCAGCAUCCUCAAAUUGCACAUGAAAAAUUCAAAAAAACACAUUCAUCACUCAGGAGCGUAAUAGAAAGAUCAUUUGGUGUUUGGAAAGCAAUAUGGCCUUUUAUGAAAGAUAUUCCAUGCAAUUACAAUUUUGUUUGUCAACGGCAACUUGUUUGUGCUACUAUGGCGAUCCACAAUUUCAUUAGACGCACUAAUUUAAGGGAUAUUGCAUUUGACUCUUAUAAUAAACAUAUUGAGUAUGUCCUUGUUGACGAGGAAGCAGUGGUAGGGGAAGACCGACAUGGGCAUCCGAUUCGUAAUGAUGAUUAUGAGAUGGAUUCAAGAAGAUAUGAGAUUUUAAUGUCAAUUUCUCAAGGAAAUAAUUAUUAA